AUGUCUGCAAAUGCAAAAAUCGUCCUCGCGACCGGCGCGUCAUCAGGCCUGGGCUUCGAAUCCAUCAAACAACUCCUUCUCGACCAUCCCGAGCCUUACACCUUCAUCAUCGGCGCCCGCGAUACCAAACGCACACAGGCUGCUUACGAUGCUCUCAACUACGACACCGCCCAAAAUCAAGUCCAUAUUCUUCCAUUGGACCUGAAAGACCUGCGCAGUGUGCAGCUCUUUGCGCAAAAGGCACUGACUCAGCUGGGGAGACAUACUAUUGACUUCUUGUUCUUGGCUGCGGGUACACUCGAUGCUGCCCAGGGUCCGUCAUCUCAUGGGUCACAGUGGUGUGAUGGAUUGGUUGUCAAUCAUCUUGCCCAGCACUAUCUGGUUCACCUCAUCCGGGAAACACUUCUCGCAUCCAAGUCACGCAUUGUCUUCGUAUCUUCUGGUGCAAUUCGCAAUGUGCGCGAUCAAGACCCCAAAACCCUCGACACGGACAUGAAAGCCAAUUCCGACGCCGGAAAGUACGUCGUCUACUGCGGCUCCAAGUUCGUCCAGUUGCUCGGUGCUCAUUACUGGCGUCAAAAUCUGCCCGGUUGUACCGUUGUGGCUGUUUCCCCAGGUCUGGUGCCCAAUACCAACCUGGCCACCGAUAUGGGCCUGUCGAUGAACAUGAGUGAUGCCAAGACUGUGCCUGAAGGAGCCCGAAGCCUUCUUGAGGCCUUCACCCGCAACGACAUCCCCGCUGAUCCCGAGCAAAUCUUCCUCACCAGCUGGGGCGAGUGGUGGCCCAAGGAUGUGUACGCCUUGAGUUUGGAUUCCGAUCUGCAGAAGAAGUGGUGCCCGAGUCGGGAAGAGAUUGAGAAGGCCGAGGGGUUGGCUGGGCAGUCAUGA